CCUCCCUCGCGGCACCAUUAGCAUAUUCCGCACCUCCACAGCAAAACAGCUAAAGGGAAUGAUCGUAAGAAUGUGUUUUAGCGAGAAACAAAACACGUGUGGAAGAAACGGAGCUGCUAUAUAUCCGCACUGGGUUUUGACUCCACUUACUGUUUCUGGGAGAUUUUGCUUGUUCCUAUCGCCAUUUCAGUUUGGACUAUGAAAAUGAAGCCUGUGGAGAUAUUAUUGCUUGUCCUAUGUUUGAAUAUAGUCGCCUUUGGAGUGAAUGGCGGUCCGCCGACGUGCCCCGCUAAUCUUGAAAGCGACUGUGGUGAUUCUGAUGAAUGGAAAGGGGAAUUUUUCCCUGGCAUACCUAAAAUCAAGUAUGAGGGCCCUUCUAGCAAAAACCCGCUCGCAUUUAAAUGGUAUAAUGCAGAAGAGGUGAUACUAGGCAAGAAAAUGAAGGAUUGGUUUAGAUUCAGUGUAGCGUUCUGGCACACAUUCCGCGGGACUGGAGCUGAUCCAUUCGGUGCACCUACAAAGAAUUGGCCUUGGGAGGAUGGAACGAAUUCAGUGGCUAUGGCAAAGAGAAGAAUGAGAGCGAACUUCGAGUUCAUUGACAAGCUUGGGGUUGAUUGGUGGUGUUUCCAUGACCGAGAUAUAGCUCCCGAUGGCCAAACCCUGGAGGAAACAAAUGCCAAUUUGGAUGAAGUGGUGGAAUUUGCUAAGGAGCUUCAGGGUUCAAAAAUCCGCCCUUUGUGGGGUACGGCUCAGCUGUUUUUGCAUCCUCGCUACAUGCAUGGUGGUGCCACUAGUUCUGAAUUAGGCGUAUAUGCAUAUGCUGCUGCACAAGUUAAGAAAGCUAUGGAGGUCACACAUUAUUUAGGUGGUGAAAAUUACGUGUUUUGGGGCGGCCGUGAGGGUUACCAGAGUCUCUUGAACACUGACAUGGGACGAGAACUCGAUCAUAUGGCCAGGUUUCUUGAAGCUGCUGUUGCCUACAAGAAGAAAAUUGGAUUCAAGGGGACCCUGCUGAUUGAACCUAAACCCCAAGAACCCACCAAACAUCAGUAUGACUGGGAUGCUGCAACAACGGCUAAUUUCUUGCGAAAAUAUGGUCUUAUAGGAGAAUUUAAACUCAAUAUCGAGUGCAACCAUGCAACACUAGCAGGCCACAGUUGUCACCAUGAGCUUGAAACUGCAAGACUCAAUGAUCUACUAGGAAACAUCGAUGCAAACACUGGCGAUCCUCAGAUUGGCUGGGAUACAGAUCAGUUUCUUACUGAUAUUGCAGAGGCAACUAUGGUGAUGCAAAGUGUGGUGAAAAAUGGAGGCCUAGCGCCUGGAGGAUUCAAUUUUGACGCAAAAUUACGGCGAGAGAGCACAGACGUUGAGGACUUGUUCAUCGCUCACAUUAGCGGAAUGGAUACGCUGGCCCGGGGACUCUGUAAUGCUGCCAAGAUCAUUGAGGAUGGUUCUCUUGCUGAGCUUGUCCGCAAAAGAUACGCGAGUUUCGACACUGAACUUGGGGCUCUAAUAGAGACUGGUAAGGCCGAUUUUGAACUUCUUGAGAAGAAAGCUUUGCAAUGGGGAGAACCCAAAGUUCCAUCCGCGAAGCAGGAACUCGCGGAGAUGAUUUUCCAGUCGGCUUUGUAGAUAAAUCAGCAAAAUGGACUGGAGUUUUACUAGUUUUUUCCUUCCUUAGAAAAUACUGUUUUACUAAUAAAAGGUAUAUAAGCUGAAUUGACGUGUUUUCAUAAUCAUAGAUCAAGUUUCAAAUGCGUGAGAAGGCGAAGAACCACGGUUGGUUCUCUUGUUGGCAAAAGAACCUGAACAUCAGUUGAUCUAAUAAAUUAUCUGGAUUACACCA